AUGAAGCAUAUUAUCAAUCUAUAUGAAAACAUCAAUGACACAAGAAAUAAUUCAGACUGCCCUCAUGUGGUUUUGCCAGAAGAGAUAUUUUUCACAAUAUCCAUCAUCGGAGUUUUGGAAAAUCUGAUGGUCCUUCUGGCUGUGAUGAAGAAUAAGAAUCUUCAGUCACCCAUGUACUUUUUCAUUUGCAGCUUGGCCAUUUCUGAUAUGUUGGGCAGCCUAUAUAAGAUCCUGGAAAAUAUCCUGAUCAUGUUCAGAAACAUGGGUUAUCUCAAGCCUCGUGGUAAUUUUGAAACCACAGCAGAUGACAUCAUCGACUCCCUGUUCAUCCUCUCCCUCCUUGGCUCCAUUUUCAGCCUGUCUGUGAUAGCUGUUGACCGCUACCUCACAAUCUUCCAUGCUCUACAGUACCACAGCAUUGUGACCAUGCGCCGUGCCAUUGUCGUCCUGAUGGUCAUCUGGGUGAGCUGCACAGGCAGCGCCAUUACCAUGGUGAUCUUCUCCCAUCACAUCCCCACAGUGAUCACCUUCACAUCGCUAUUUCCUCUGAUGUUGGUCUUUAUCCUGUGCCUCUAUGUGCACAUGUUUUUGCUUGCUCGGUCCCAUGCCAGGAAGAUCUUGACCCUUCCCAGAGCCAACAUGAAAGGGGCCAUCACACUGACCAUCCUACUUGGGGUCUUCAUCUUCUGUUGGGCCCCCUUUGUCCUUCACAUCCUGUUAAUGACGUUUUGCCCAAAUAACCCUUACUGUGCCUGCUACAUGUCCCUCUUCCAGGUGAAUGGCAUGUUGAUCAUGUGCAAUGCAGUCAUUGACCCCUUUAUAUAUGCCUUCCGGAGCCAAGAGCUCAGGGAUGCAUUUAAAAAGAUGAUCCUCUGUAGCAAGUACUGGUAG